AUGAAGCUGUCCAUCUCUUUCCUGUUGAUCACCUUGGCCGUUUUCUGCUCUGAAGCUAAUGCAAUAGCUUGUCCACUGGCUGUUCUAGAAGCAACCAAGUUCUUAACGGAACCAGAUUUUACCUACAAAUUGUACCUUCAAUUUUAUAAAGUACCCCCUGAAGAUAUCAAAGCUAAGCUACAAGUGAAACAGUGCGCCAAUGAGCUGUCUAUUUGGGAAAAAGCACUCAUUUCAAAAGUGGUGGUCAUCUCCCUGGGAGUCAUAUUCCCCUCAGUGUCCUGA